GCGAGAGAUAGACGGCACACGUGUAUACUUAUUCUGGCCCGUUGACAUUCCAUUUUGGGAAUUGACUUUGUGCGAUAGAGCGAUAUAGCUCAGAUAAACACACUCUCAAAACGUUUAACCAUCUAUUGAAAUUUACUUAUCAAAUCUAAAAAAAAAGACAAUAGUAUCCCUCUCACUCAGUCGUGUUGAUAUGAUGCCUUAGCUCAGUUGAUUAUCACGAUUGGAAAUUUUACAGUGAAAUAAGAAGCAACAUAUAAUUCUAAUUUGUGUUUAGUUUGUCAUUCCACAUUUAUAUUUUGAAUUUGUUGUCUCCGACCGAACCGAGAAAAAAAACAACAAAUUCGGAAAAAAUGGCCAAUUAUUUGAAACAUCUGUUCAACAAAUAUCCAUUUGUAUCGAAUAGUUUGAUCUAUGGUUCGCUUUAUGUUACAGCUGAAUGUUCACAGCAAUUUGUCACGAAAAAGAUUCUGACGGAACCACCGGAAAAUUUGGAUAAAACUUCACUCGUUCGAUAUGGUAUCAUGGGAACAUGCUUAUAUUCACCAAUUCUGUAUACAUGGUAUAAGUGGCUGGAUAGAACGUUAGCAGGGACGACGAAAAAAAUUGUCAUCAAAAAAUUACUCUUGGAUCAAUUCUUUAUGACACCACAAUUGUUGGUCGUUUUUUACACGGGGAUGGCGGUGAUGGAGGGAGCUGAUGAUUUUACAGCUGAGCUAAAAGAGAAAUUCGUUCCAACGUUUGCACGAUCUUGCCUAUUCUGGUUGCCGGCUCAAACGAUCAACUUUUACUGGGUGCCACCACGUUUCCGUGUCGUAUACGUUGGUACCUGUUCACUUAUGUGGGCCAACAUUUUGUGUUGGGUAAAACGGAAAAAUAACAACAAUGCGCCCAAAAAUGCCAUCGAAAAUAAAAUUGAAUGAAGAAAUUCGCUCGAAGUUCCACUAUAAAAUAUCGAUCAAAUUGAUGAUGCUAAUAAAAGAAAACGUUGAUUAUUUCCAAUGAAAAAAAGGUCUUCUUUUAAUUUGUGCUCUUCUUCAUUUGUCAAAAUUCUU